AUGAGUCGUCAGGCACAAAGAUCAACAAACCAAUUGCUGCUCUUCUGCAUUGCUUUUCUCGUCAUUAUUUAUCUGAAUCGACCACAAUCACAAGAGAAAGCAUUCUCCUGGACCAAAGUCCGGUACCAGACAACAGCACGCACACUCCCAGCAACUCAGGGAAUAUGUCCCAAACUCUCAUCAUCAAGCAAGCCCGCUCUGGUAGUGUCACGAGUAUCAGCAGAUGGGGAUCCAAGCUGGCUAAAUGCCUUAGCAAAGCACUACCAUUUAUGCGUAUAUGAAGUCGACGCGGUAGAUGAAAGUUCAAUGUAUCUUCAAGUCCCUGCGAACCGUGGCCAUGAAGCCAUGGCCUAUUUGACUUUUAUCAUCGACAAUUAUGCGGAGAUACCCGCAUCCGGCGCUGUUUUCGUUCAUGGUUCCCGCUGGGCUUGGCAUAACGAUUCACCCGAUUAUGAUAACCUCGCAUUACUUUCUAUUCUGGAUGUUCCGCGCGCUCUAGAACCAUCUGGUUACUAUAAUCUGCGCUGUGACUGGAGUACCAGUACCUGUUUACCGUCUGUAGCUGCGCAGGGAUCGCUGGAGAUGAGAUUACAGUCUGCUGUUGAACCGUGGAGUGCACGUGCGGCGUCGGAUAUCGCGUUGCCGCGCGCCUUGGCGUCGAUCUUUGGUGGAGAAGAGUUCAUGUCUAAGAAGGAAAAGGCGGAUUUGGAGCUCAGAAGAACGGAUAUCGUGCGGUCGCAGUGCUGUGCGCAGUUUGUUGUCUCGCGGGAACGCGUUUGGCAACAUUCGCGAGCGGAGUAUGUUGCGUUGAGGCAGUGGUUGCUUGAUGGUACUGGGAAUCAAGGUGAUUCUCGCACGCGGGACGGUAAGGCGGCGCCUGCUGAUGACCGGGUUGCUGGACGCGUGUUAUCAUAUAUGUGGCAUAUCUUAUUUGCGAAGCCUAAUUCUGAUGGGCAGCUGAUUUUGAGUCAGCUCAAUAAGGACGCUUGUCCUAGUGCGGCCGAGUGUUAUUGUCGAUUGUAUGGUCGGUGCGAUCUUCAAUGUCCUAAUCCUGGGACUUGUCGAGAUCAAUAUCGGAUCCCGCCGAAUUACAGACUUCCUGAAGAUUGGGCAGAUACCCAUUCAUAG